AAUGUAAGAUAUGGAGUUAUAAGCGACUGUGCCGCCACGUGGACAAAGUACUAUCAUCCUCAAAUUAUAAACGGGAAAAAGAUCAUCAACAAAAUAACAAUGAUGAUAACAAGUGCAGACGAGGGAUAACACAAAUGGCUCAGCCCAAUCCGAUGAAUCCCCUCUCCACCAGCAGAACAACUGCGGUGUUGUGCCCGGGGACGUCGCGGGCUCGAAUCCCCACAACCGCAUCCUCAUUCCAUCCUCUCAAUAAUAAUAAUGAAAGCAAUGAAAGAGCCAGACUGAAGUUGCAGGGCUUAACUACGAGGCGGUCCACGGUUCGAGCCUGCACCAACUCGGCUUCCGCUGGGGAGGAGGAGCAUUCCCAUUGUCAACCUGAGGAUGCAAAUCAUGAGAAGAGUCAUCUAUCUAGUUCACGCCGAUUCGUAUUAUGUUCUGUGUGCUUAGCUAUUGCUUCAGCUAAUAGUAAUGGAGCUUGUAGUAACGCACUAGAAGAUAAUGGCUUAAGGACAAUGGAUAAUGAUAUUCCCAAGCUUAAAUCUGUAUGCAAAAACUGUGGGGGCUCGGGUGCUGUAGUUUGUGAUAUGUGUGGCGGGACUGGCAAAUGGAAAGCUUUGAAUAGAAAACGUGCAAAAGAUGUUUAUGAGUUCACAGAGUGCCCAAAUUGCUAUGGCCGUGGGAAAUUAGUUUGUCCAGUUUGUCUUGGAACCGGACUACCAAAUAAUAAGGGUUUACUACGAAGGCCCGAGGGUAAGCAACUAUUGGAUAAGAUGUACCAUGGCCGCCUUGUGCCAAGUUCUUGAAGUUGGUUGUACAAUCUCAUGUAUUACUUUGGCUCAACUGCAUAAGCAAUUGAAUUUAGCAUGAGAUCCAACCUAGUUGGGUUUCCUUGGCUAAGAAAUCUACUUGUAAUAUAACUCCUAAAAUAGGGGAGAACAGGCAAAAAAAUUUUGAAAUGCGGUCUGAGUUUGUUCUUUAUACAUUGAUUUUAGUUAGCAUGUAGGCUUCAUGAUAACAAAGCAUAUCUUUAUUUCUCCGAUUAAUAAAAUUUUCUUGUGUCA